AUGCAGUGCAGUGCCACUGUACUUCAGAAUCUCGGAAUCCAGGACGUCUCCCGCCCAUCUUCUGCCGUGACCCGCCAGGCCGAUCAAGCGGCUGAGCUGACGCAGAAGUCGGACGAGCUCAGCCAGAAAGACGUUGGGACCUUGAUGGGUGAUGGAGAGAGAUAUGGAGAGGAGAAUGGGGCCUUUGGCAUGAAAAGAGUGCAGGCUGCGCUCUUCGCCAAAGAAGAAGCCCUGAGCCAGAAGGAUGCAGAGCUUCAAGCCAAAGCGCAGGCCGAGCAAGAGGCCCUCGAGGCCUUGCAAGCCAAAGAUGCUGAGCUCGAGCGUGCCCCGGUUGUUCUUUCAUUAGGGGCAUUGCAGAAGCGCGGCAGAAAGAGUGCGUACCGACACAUGCGGUCCGAGGCCAGCGAGAAAGAAGAGAUGUGGACACUUGGAUGCGUGGAAUUGGAAAGGAUGAGUGCCGACAAGCAUCCGAAACCACGGACCUUGCAUGUGACAGUGAUAGCCGUGAGACGAACAGAGGAGGUCAAGGAGGUGAGGGGAAUCUACCGCAAUCUACAAGUACCAUUACCUUGCAACAAUCUGCAAUCUGUUGCAACCGUCAUGGACCUUUUCGCCUCGAGGAAGAACCUCACCGAGCUACGAGCGCAGCACAAGGAGCCGGGCAUGCCCCGCACACGUCCCAAGCACGUGCCCAGCUACGGUGGGGUGAGAGUGCUGGGAGCUGCGCAAAUGCAACUGCAGGAGAGAGAGGUGGAGCUUGAAGGCCAGCUGAAGGAGAAGGACUUAGAAGAAACUUCAUUCAAGACCGGCAACGACGAAGAGCAGUUUUGCUAUGCUUGGGGGGGUGACCUGACACUGCUUCAGGCGCAGCGUUCUCCAUGUGUGCAGGAGCUGACCAUCCAGAAGCUCGAAGAAGACACUGAGCAGUUGACUGGCCAGGUGACGGAGCUCAGUGGCGUGCGGGAGCGGGCAGAGCAGGCGGAGCAGAUGCUUGAGCCCUGGAAGAAGCGGACGGAAGAAAUCCAUGAAGCCUUCCAGAAGGACGCUCAUCGGUCGGAGCUUGCCCGUUCAUGUCGGUGCCUGGACAGCCUGAGCAGCCAGGAGCAAGCUCUCCGAAAGCGAUACCACAACCAGAUGCAGGACAUGAAAGGCGCCAUUCGUGUGUUUGCAAGAAUACGUCCCAAGGUUUCUCGAGAAGCUGAUCAAGAGAUCUCCGUCUGGAGACGGGACGCCUUCUCGCUGGAGUGUGCCGCGAAAGACAAGAAAUCAACUGCCAAGGACUACAACUUCGAUGCCGUGUUUGAUGAGCACAACACGCAAGAGGACGUGUUUGCUGACUGCCGCGGUUUGAUUGGCUCAGCCGUUGAUGGCUUCAAUGUCACUGUGUUCGCGUACGGGCAAACGGGCGCCGGGAAGUAUGGGAAUGAGGCCAUAAGCUCAGAGGGAACUUGUGCAGCAGACCCGAAAGCUGGCGGCGUAGGACGGGGCUUCACUUGGAAAGAGGAUGCGAAGUUUCUAGUGACCUUGGUUCCAGCAAGAACCGUCCCCUCUGACCUCAAGGAGCUCUUCGCGGUGCUGAGUGCAGUCCUCGGAGUGCACAGAGCAUAUCUACAUAUCGCAGGCUGUCAGGCUUCGGCUUCGCUGCUGCAAAGGCUCUACCGCGAUGACCUGGUGGACUUGCUGUUCACAAAGGGCAAGGGCAAAGUGCCUCCGGUCCUGGACAUCAAGAAGGAUCCCCGAGGGACCGUGAAGGUAGAGAAUGCCGUCGAGAUCGAGGUGACCAGCCCAGAAGAACUUCAGAAAACCAUCGCCAUGGGCAUGGAUCGCCGGCACGUGGUGAGUGACACGCUGAAGUCGUUUCUUCGGCCAGAGACAGACGAGAAGACCAAUGAGCACACUCGAUUGGAGCAAAGGUCGCACCUGAUCUUCAUCGUCACCAUCGAGUCCUUGAACAAGAAGUCGAAGCAGGUCUCCACCGGAAAGCUCACGCUUUGUGACCUUGCAGGCUCCGAACGUCUCAAGAAGAGUGAGGUCACGGGUGAGCAGAUGAAGGAGGCUCAAUCCAUCAACAAGUCGUUGACGGCACUUGGCGAUGUGAUCGAGGCUUUGACAAAGCAGGCCAAGCACGUGCCUUACCGAAACCACCGGCUCACGCAGCUCUUGAGCGACUCGCUGGGCGGCAACGCCAAGACGCUGAUGUUCGUCAACUGCUCGCCGGCCUCCGGGAACCUCGAUGAGACAGCCCCGAGGUUGGCUUAUGCCGUGAGGGCCAAGAACAUCGUCAACAAGGUGGAGAAGAACUCUGAUAGCCAAGAAGUUGCACGCCUGAAGAAGGCGGGGGGAUCAGAAGCUCCGCGGCUUAAACGGCCACUGCCUGCCCAAGAGUGCCACAAGCAUCAACACCUUCGAGUUAUACCAGGUUGA